AUGGCACAUGACCCUGUCGAGCCCGACGAGCUUGACGCGCACGACGACACGGAAGGGCUCAACGACACGAAUGAGCCCCAUGACACGGACGGGUCUGACGACCUAGACGACCCAAACAGGUCCGACGACAUGGACGUACCCGACGAUGAGGACGAGAUAGACAACUCGGACAUGCCAUAUAACACGAACGGGCUCGACGAUCCAGAUGAGUAUGAUGACUCAGUCAAGCUCGACGACCUGUACGAGCCUGACGACCAAGACGACCCGAACGAGCCCGAUGACCCGGACGGAUCCGACGAGCCAGACGGGCCCUACGACUCGACCAUCCUGACCGACACAAAUCGGCCAAACUGGACUGGUGAUAUGACCCUUCGGGUCAUCGAUCCCGUCCGCGUUGUCGGGCCCGUUUGA